AUGGUUCAGUCGCAGUUUGCAUUAUCGUGGGAUUCCUUUAAAACUAAUUUAUGCAGUGGUUUUAGUACUCUUCAACAGAAUGGAGAAUUUGUUGAUAUGACUUUAGCUGCUGAUGGGCAUUUUGUAAAAGUUCAUCAAGUUCUGAUGGCUCUUGCUAGUCCCUAUCUGAAGGAGUUAUUGGCAUCUGCUCCGUGUCAACAUCCAGUUAUAUUUCUUAAUAAUAUUUCUUCGUCAACAUUGUCUUUUUUACUGGAAUAUAUAUAUACAGGAGAAGUACUCAUUCCAGCAAAGAAUUUAACAGCAUUUGUUGAUGCAGCUAAAGGACUUCAUAUAAAGGGACUUGAAACAGUAGUGAGCCAAGACAAUAUUCCUGUCAGCUCGUUUGGACAUACAUCAAUAAGUGAAGAAAAUGAAGGACAUUAUGGCAAUAAUUUAAAGAAAUUUACAAUUUCAAAAACAGAUGGCUUAGAACAGGUAGGCUUGCCAGCAAAUGCAAGAAAAAUUUUAAUAAAACAUGGAUCCACUGGAGACACGUCUUUGAGGUCUACGGAGCAGAGUUUAAAUUCUUCAUUACCUAAAGACGACUCCCACGGUUUCUCGGACAUGGAGGACAAUAUUGGCAAUGACGAUGAUAAUGAUUAUUCCUUACCAACUAAAACAACCAGAACGAUGGACCUAGGAAAAGUGCCAGCGACGGCAAGCUCCAAUUUACAAUUUACUGUGUCAAUACGAGGCUCACUGCAAGUAAUUUUGAAUCGGUACAUGUACAAUUUGAACUCGACCCAAAGCUCCGGCAUAAAACGUUGGCGCUGUAUCGACUAUCGUAAUAAAAAAUGUAUGGCUUUUCUCGUAACGAAAGGAAAUAUUGUAUUGAACAGGGCGAAUCCCCACAGCCACUCCUACCACGAUAAAAAGAUAUUAGCAAAGAUCGAGAAAAACGCAGUAUUUUCUGCAUUAGAUGAUGCUGAAGGCUAUAAAGAAAAGGAAAACAGUAAAACCGACGAAGAUGUUGCAAUGGAAAGUGAAGAAUACAGUUCGUUUGAUCUGAAGAGAGAUUGA